AUGGCAGCGAGAAAUAUUUUCUCUUGUUUCCGAUGCUUGUGCUUUAGAAAAGUAAGUAGAUUUCUUUGUUUCUUAUACUUACCAUUAACUGGGAGCUCUAAAAUGUUAACCCAAACAACACUAGUUCUAUGAACCCCUUAACUUAUUAUAUUAUGUUUAAAUUCCCGUGGCAGCCUAUGGACUCCCUUUUUUUUUUUUUGUUCUUUAAAGUUAUUAUUGGCAUUUAUAUAGCGCCAGCAUAUAUCGCAGUAGUUUACAAUAUUACAAAACGAGGAAGUUAAAUAUAUUUUUAAAACGUGUUUAAGCCAUAAACCCACCAUUUAAUUUAAAGGUACUGGCUAAUGACGUACUAAUAAUGUACACCUCCAGCAGCCUUAUUAAAUAGUUCUAUUAAAAUGCUGCGCAUACAGUCUUCAAGCACUAUGACCACUUCAUAUAACUGAAGUGGUAAGGUGCUUGAAGGAAUUUUUUAAAUACAUUUUGGUGGGAGCUAUCUUUCCUACAGCUAAUAGUACAUGUGAUUAGAAUUAGAAUACUUCAAAUUAUAUUAUACUAGUACAUGGUGCAUGUGCACUGUAGUUUUAGCAUAUAUACUACAAAGGAAACUAAAAAUAUUCAAAUGCUAUAAGACAACGGUAGCCUAAAUCACUAAGACGUUUAUUCACCAAACAGCAAGUAGAUGUAAAUUUUAAAAUAAACUGAAAAGAGCUUGGAAAUAUUCUCUCUGUAUUAGUUAGCCUCUAGAAAGGGACCAAAGGUUACCAAUUUACUUACCAUUAACUGGGAGCUCUAAAAUGUUAACCCAAACAACACUAGUUCUCUGAACCCCUUAACUUAAUAUUUUAUGUUUAAAUUCCCAUGGCAGCCUAUGGACUCCCCAUUUUACUUUGUUCUUUAUAGUUAAAUACAUUUGUAGCCAUAAGCCCACCAUUUCACUUAAAGGUACUGGCUAAUGACGUACUAAUAACGUACACAGCAGAAUUAUAAAAUAGUUCUGUAUUUAUACCGAAAUGCUGUGCAUACAGACUUCAAACACCAUGACCACUUCAUCAAACUGAAGUGGUAUGGUAUACAAAGAAACUCUUUAAAUACAUUUUGGUGGGAGCUAUUUUUUCUCGGUCUCUACGGCUAAUUGCGUAUGCGAUUAGAAUUUAAUAAUUAUAAUAAUAGUAUAUGGUACAUGUGCACUGUUGUUUUGGGAUAUAUAUUGACAAGGAGCCUAAAGCUGAGAGGAGUUGUGGGACAAUGAAUUGAGAACCCCAGAGAAUAAGUAAUACCAUUAAGAAUAUGGUUUGGAGGUGUGCCAUAAUUACUACGGUAUCUUAGUGGUAUCUUGCUUUAAGUAAACUAAUGUCUGUAUUUGAGGUCACUUAUAAUAAUUUAAACUGUAUCACAGACCCAUGUGGCAGCGAGGGAAUGGACUCUAUAUAUGUUGAGUUUUUUCAUCAAAGUGCUUGCAACGUUCUUGCAAAAUGGUUUUGGUUUUCUGAUUUUGUUUCUGUCUUUUCAGCGCACAAGAUGCAAAAAAUCUGAUGAUGUUGAGCAAAGAGCAGAGGAACGUUCAGGUACAUUAUAAAAUGUUUAUAUCUACCUCCAUGGUGACUGAACCAAUCUUUAACUUGCCGUGUUACCCUCCUGCAGUCUGAUAAGAGCCGACAUGUUCGGUUCCAGUUUGGUGUUACAUUCUCUGACACAAUGCCUUUGCUACAUGUCUACUAUCUCUUCUCAUCUAUUUGGGAACUGUAACAGUUCCUCUAAAAUGAAUGAGUGGCAUACCUCGUGAUAUAACUCAUUUACUCUCUUACAUAAUUAAUAACGCUCAUUGGGAAGGGGUAAGGCAGGUUAACACCCAUAGCCGCACUCCUGCCACUUUGGAUAGCUAAUGGAUGCAGGCCAAAAUCUACCUGGCUUUCUCAGUGUUAGUAUAGGGUGAGGUUAAAGGGUGGGUUAGGGAUAGUAUAGGGUUAAGGCUAGGGUAGUGUACUGUUAGAAUGAAUGUAGAGUUAACAGGGUUGGUGUAGGAUAACGGGUGGUAUCGGCAGUGGCAUAGCAUGGAUUGUCAGCACCUGUGGCAAGGCAUGUAUUGCACCCUCUAACCCUAGUCUAUACACAUUACUUUAGGCGUGAGAUGGAUUUUAAAAAUGACGCAACACAUCUAUCAGUGCCACACACACAUCAUGGAGAUGAGGCGGGCAGGGAAGAGGAGUGAGGCUAUUUAGGCGCCUGUUAAUGGCAUACUUUUAUGAUAACAUGUAAUGGGCAUUUACAUAAUGCCUAUUAAAGAGUGAUUUCUGGUGUUAUCUUUAAACAGGAAAUCACGUUAUUAAUAGGAAUUAUGUAAUUCACCGAUAAGAAUUACAGAAGGACAGUAUGGCUGUGAUUAGCAAGCAAACUACUGUAAAAUGUGAUGAAGUGAUGUUUAUUUUCCCUGUCAUGCUGAAAAACUGUAUAAUGUUUGAACAUUGGGAGAUUUUCUGGGUGAGUGGGAGGGCGCGCUAUUUUUAAAAAUAUAUUACUACUCCUUUCUUUUUUUUUUCCUUUUUAAAUUUUGGGGCCAGCCCACGCUACACCAGUGACUAUAGGGUUUGUGUACCAAAAAUUACUUUAGAUCCUAGAUUGCUGCUUUUUGUGUCAACAAAAGUGGCAUAACUACAUUUUUAUUUUAACUUGGACAGAAUAGUACCAGCUGCCAGCAUUUCUAAUUAGGUUUUGUCUUAUUACUAAUUUUCCAGUAUGUUCCAAGACCUCAGUUGCUCUUGAAGGUGACCCAAGUGCCCCUGCAGACAAUGGGAAUUUAACUGCACUGCAAAAACAGCUCGAAAUUGAGCUUAAGGUGAAGCGAGGUGCAGAGAAUAUGUUCCUGGCAUAUUCCAAAGGCCCUCCAGAAAACCUUAAAUAUCUUGAGGCAUUGCAGGAAAAGCUUGAAGACAUCGAGAAUGAGAUAGAACGUUUGCAGGCACUAAUCGAACAAGAAAACUUUAUUAAUAAAGAUGAAACAACUGCACCAGUUCCAGAAACUGAUGUCACCGAUGUAACGUUGGAGACACCUCCUAUUCCAUCUCCAACACCUUCACAUGGUGAUCAACAUCAGUCUUCAGGACACACUGAGAGAAUGGAUAUAUCGGCUCAGGUAAAACUAUAUGCUUUUUUUUGUGUUUUGUUCUUUUCCCCACACAUUCACGCAAACUUCGCCCACUAUCACACCCAUGGUUUUUGUUUGUAAGUCUUCAUUUGCCGCUUGUAAACAAUGACUACUUAUAAUGAUCUGGAGUCAAACGUACAGGGAGUGCAGAAUUAUUAGGCAAAUUAGUAUUUUGACCACAUCAUCCUCUUUAUGCAUGUUGUCUUACUCCAAGCUGUAUAGGCUCAAAAGCCUACUACCAAUUAAGCAUAUUAGGUGAUGUGCAUCUCUGUAAUGAGAAGGGGUGUGGUCUAAUGACAUCAACACCCUAUAUCAGGUGUGCAUAAUUAUUAGGCAACUUCCUUUCCUUUGGCAAAAUGGGUCAAAAGAAGGACUUGACAGGCUCAGAAAAGUCAAAAAUAGUGAGAUAUCUUGCAGAGGGAUGCAGCACUCUUAAAAUUGCAAAGCUUCUGAAGCGUGAUCAUCGAACAAUCAAGCGUUUCAUUCAAAAUAGUCAACAGGGUCGCAAGAAGCGUGUGGAAAAACCAAGGCGCAAAAUAACUGCCCAUGAACUAAGAAAAGUCAAGCGUGCAGCUGCCACGAUGCCACUUGCCACCAGUUUGGCCAUAUUUCAGAGCUGCAACAUCACUGGAGUGCCCAAAAGCACAAGGUGUGCAAUACUCAGAGACAUGGCCAAGGUAAGAAAGGCUGAAAGACGACCACCACUGAACAAGACACACAAGCUGAAACGUCAAGACUGGGCCAAGAAAUAUCUCAAGACUGAUUUUUCUAAGGUUUUAUGGACUGAUGAAAUGAGAGUGAGUCUUGAUGGGCCAGAUGGAUGGGCCCGUGGCUGGAUUGGUAAAGGGCAGAGAGCUCCAGUCCGACUCAGACGCCAGCAAGGUGGAGGUGGAGUACUGGUUUGGGCUGGUAUCAUCAAAGAUGAGCUUGUGGGGCCUUUUUGGGUUGAGGAUGGAGUCAAGCUCAACUCCCAGUCCUACUGCCAGUUCCUGGAAGACACCUUCUUCAAGCAGUGGUACAGGAAGAAGUCUGCAUCCUUCAAGAAAAACAUGAUUUUCAUGCAGGACAAUGCUCCAUCACACGCGUCCAAGUACUCCACAGCGUGGCUGGCAAGAAAGGGUAUAAAAGAAGAAAAUCUAAUGACAUGGCCUCCUUGUUCACCUGAUCUGAACCCCAUUGAGAACCUGUGGUCCAUCAUCAAAUGUGAGAUUUACAAGGAGGGAAAACAGUACACCUCUCUGAACAGUGUCUGGGAGGCUGUGGUUGCUGCUGCACGCAAUGUUGAUGGUGAACAGAUCAAAACACUGAUAGAAUCCAUGGAUAGCAGGCUUUUGAGUGUCCUUGCAAAGAAAGGUGGCUAUGUUGGUCACUGAUUUGUUUUUGUUUUGUUUUUGAAUGUCAGAAAUGUAUAUUUGUGAAUGUUGAGAUGUUAUAUUGGUUUCACUGGUAAUAAUAAAUAAUUGAAAUGGGUAUAUAUGUUUUUUGUUAAGUUGCCUAAUAAUUAUGCACAGUAAUAGUCACCUGCACACACAGAUAUCCCCCUAACAUAGCUAAAACUAAAAACAAACUAAAAACUACUUCCAAAAAUAUUCAGCUUUGAUAUUAAUGAGUUUUUUGGGUUGUAUCCUCAAAAAUACAACUUGCCUAAUAAUUCUGCACUCCCUGUAUAAUGAGUACAGCCAGAGCCCAAUAUGUAAAAUGUACAUUUUAUUUUGUAGGUAGUUUAAUUCUUCAAAUUAUUGGUGUGGUUUAAGUAACAAAAAGACUUAUACCAGUAAGUGGAGCGCUCCAACACAUAUACAGCUUACCAAAUGGUAUUUCAUUCAAUGGUAGAGUAUAGGGUGCAUGUUAAGAAAAAAAUACAAGGAAUACAAUAUAGUGCAGACGGUAUUUAAAAUAAUAAUGUAAUUGUAGUGAUGAUAUCUGGAUAAAUUGAACACUCACAUUUCAAGAAGCCUGUAUGUGAGAACACUGGCUCCGUAUUUUGGCUUAUGUGCUUAUUAGGGUAGAACCGCCCGUGUAAUGAUAUUGAUGUUACAAAGUUUUGGAGUCCAGUAGCCAGAUCAGCAAUGUUUUCUGCCAGAGGUAGCCACUCGUUACCCAGGUGGUUGAGCCCCUGAGCCUUGAGUGGCCUUCUGGUCUUAAGCAGAGAUGGGAGACUGGAACAGAAAGAUGAUAAUCGUAGUGAGGCAAGCCGAGGUCAGUGGGAAGGAGAAGCAGCAAAGUCAAAACAGUCCAAAUUCAGCAACAGGAAGGAGAAACAGGAACACGCUUGAUUAGAGAGUACAGGAACCACAAUAAUCUGGCAAAGGUACAGAGACAGGAAGUGGCUUUUAUAGGCCAAGAACCAGACACCUGACCAGACACAGCUGAAGAGAGUUGUCACUGAUAACCUUGACUCUACAAACAAUGGUAUCAGAUCUCAGGUAAAUUUGCAAAAGGCAGGCUGGUGUACUGGUAAGGAAGAGGUUUAGCACCAUGUAAACCAGGGUUCAAAACCCAGCAGAGUCAGUUCCUCAUAGCCUGUCUCCUUCGGUAUGGGGUAGUUCUCAAAGACAAAAACAGGAAGAGCAAACCAAUGUGUUUUUGUCUUUGAGAACUACCCCAUAUCGAAGGAGACGGGCGGUGCUACCCUAAUAAGCACAUAAGCCAAAAUACGGAGCCAGUGUUCUCACAUACAGGCUCCUUGAAAUGUGAGUGUUCAAUUUAUCCAGAUAUCAUCACUACAAUUACAUUAUUAUUUUAAAUACCGUCUGCACUAUAUUGUAUUCCUUGUAUUUUUUUCUUAACAUGCACCCUAUACUCUACCAUUGAAUGAAAUACCAUUUGGUAAGCUGUAUAUGUGUUGGAGCGCUCCACUUACUGGUAUAAGUCUUUUUGUUACUUAAACCACACCAAUAAUUUAAUUUCUGUCUUGUGGAAUAGAGGAUAUUUCCACAUAAGUGUACUGAGCAGCCUAUAAAUCACCUUAUUUGUUUAAAGCACCCUGUUAUACACACUCCUCUGUAAAAGGAGGUAACCUUUGAUUGGUAUUCAUAGAUAGUUUAAUUCUUCAAUUUGUCCUGAAGCAUCAGAUACAGGAGUUUUAAUAACUAUAGGCGCUGCCUCUAAAAUCACCACCAUCCACUCCAUCACUCCAUCCACUGGUUCUUCUUCAUAAUUCUCCCAUAUCCAUUGCAUCUCCGGUUAUUUUCCAACAUACCCUGCUUCCUCUUCGUUUGUCUGCUAUUCCCGACUUCAUGUAUUUAUUAAUCAAUAUGUUUCAGACCCAUCAUUACAAUCCCAUGGACCAAAGGCCACAAUUGUCAUUGGGGGGAGGGGGGAUAAGUGAAUUUAAUUUAUGGUGUAUGUAUUUUUUUUUCUAGGGUGAAACAACUGCACCAGUUCCAGAAACUGAUGUCACUGAUGUAACAUUGGAGACACUUCCUAUUCCAUCUCCAACACCUUCACAUGGUGAUCAACAUCAGUCUUCAGGACACACUGAGAGAACGGAUAUACUGGCUCAGGUAAAGCUAUACGCUUCUUUUUUUGUUUUGUUCUUUUCCCCACACAUUCACACAAACCUCGUCAUUAAAGAAAAUUUAGAUAACUGAAGUCCUGAUAAUUCCUGGCAAAUGAUUUGUGCGAUAUUGUGAAAAAUGUAAACACACUCGCUUCUUCGUCCACUAUCACACCCAUUGUUUUUGUUUUUAAUUCUUCAUUUGCCGCUCGUAAACAAUGUCGACUUACAGUAAUCUGGAGUCAAACGUAAAAUCAGUACAGCCAGAGCCCAAUAUCUAAAAUGUACAUUUUAUUUUUGUAGGUAGGUUAAUUCUUCAAUUUAUCCUGAAGCAUCAGAUACAAGAGUUUUAAUAACUUUAGGCGCUGCCUCUAAAAUCACUACCACUUUAUCACUCCAUCCAAUGUUUCUUCUUCAUAAUUCUCCCACACCCAUUGCUUCUCCAGUUAUUUUCCAACAUACCCUGCUUUAUCUUCGUUUGUCUGCUAUUCCCGACUUCAUUUAUUUAUUAAUCAAUAUGUUUCAGACCCAUCAUUACAUCCCAUGGACCAAAGGCCACAAUUUUCAUGCGGGUGGGCGGGGAGUUUAAUUUAUGGUUUAUGUCUUUUUUUUCUAGAAUGACUCAACUGCAUCAGUUCCAGAAGCUGAUGUCACUGAUGUAACGUUGGAGACACCUCCUAUUCCAUCUCCAACACCUUCACAUGGUGAUAAACAUCCGUCUUCAGGACACACUGAGAGAACGGAUAUACCGGCUCAGGUAAUGCUAUAUGCUUCUUUUUUUGUUUUGUUCUUUUCCCCACACCUUCACGCAAACCUCGUCCACUAUCACACCCAUGGUUUUUGUUUGUUAUUCUUCAUUUGCUGCUUGUAAACAAUGUCGACUUAUAAUGAUCUGGAGUCAAAAGUAUAAUCAGUACAGCCAGAGCCUAAUAUGUAAAAUGUACAUUUUAUUUUGUACGAAGUUUAAUUCUUCAAAUUGUCCUGAAGCAUCAGAUACAGGAGUUUUAAUGACUAUAGUCGUUGCCUCUAAAAUCACCACCACUUUAUCACUCUAUCCACCAUUUCUUCUUCAUAAUUGUCCCACACCCAUUGCUUCUCCAGUUAUUUUCCAACAUACCCUGCUUCUUCUUCGUUUGUCUGCUAUUCCCGACUUCAUUUAUUUAUGAAUCAAUGUUUCAGACCCAUCAUUACAAUCCCAUGGACCAAAGGCCACAAUUGUCAUUGGGGGGGGGGAGGGAAUUUAAUUUAUGGUGUAUGUCUUUUUUUUCUAGGGUGAAACAACUGCACCAGUUCCAGAAACUGAUGUCACUGAUGUAACAUUGGAGACACUUCUUAUUCCAUCUCCAACACCUGCACAUGGUGAUCAACAUCAGUCUUCAGGACACACUGAGAGAACAGAUAUACCGGCUCAGGUAAAGCUAUACGCUUUUUUUGUUUUGUUCUUUUCCCCACACAUUCACGCAAACCUCGUCAUUAAAGAAAAUUUUGAUUACUGAAGUCCUGAUAAUCCCUGGCAAAUGAUUUGUGUGAUAUUGUGAAAAACGUAAACACACUCACUCUUUGUCCACUAUCACACCCAUUGUUUUUGUUUUUAAUUCUUCAUUUGCCGCUCGUAAACAAUGUCGUCUUAUAAUGAUCAGGAGUCAAACAUACAAUCAGUACAGCCAGAGCCCAAUAUGUGAAAUGUACAUUUUAUUUUGUAGGUGGUUUAAUUCUUCCAUUUGCCCUGAAGCAUCAGAUACAGGAGUUUUAAUGACUAUAGUCGUUGCCUCUAAAAUCACCACCACUUUAUCACUCCAUCCUCUGUUUCUUCUUCAUAAUUCACCCACACACAUUGCUUCUCCAGUUAUUUUCCAACAUACCCUGCUUUCUCUUCGUUUGUCUGCUAUCCCCGACUUCAUUUAUUUAUUAAUCAAUGUUUUAGACCCACCAUUACAAACCCAUGGACCAAAGGCAACAUUUGUCACAGGGGGGGUGGGGGGGAAACAACAACUUUAAAUUAUGGCGCAUGUCUUUUUUCCUAGGAUUCUGGAGCAGUCAAUGAAUAUCCAUGCUUUAAUAAAUUAACGUCGCUAAGCAUAAUCUCAGAAACAACAAAAGAACCUGAUAACAGCGUGCUUCCAGCAUCUGGCAAUAUUGAGCCAGAAUGUCAACUCAGCCUGGAAGACUUCGAUCUUCGCUGUGUGCUGGGUAGAGGAAAAUUCGGGAAAGUAAGUUUAAGCAUGAAUUCGAAUACUCUUUCGAGGAAAAGUGUCUUAGCAAAUGCAUUACAACGCUAGAAUCUUUUUGCGUUUUGUUUAUGUAUCAAAGUGUUUAAAACAUUUACAUUUAACGAAUGUGCUACAUUUAUAUGUAUAAGUCAGUACAUUUUUCUAAAGAGGUCUGUUUUUUUUUAUUUUACUUUUAAAAUUUGUCAGUUGGAUACUAUAUUUUUGUCAGACAGAAAAUCCACCACAAUGAUAUAGUUGGAAAUGUUUGUAGGAAAGAUAGGUGCAGAUUUGCUAAAUGUAUUUUUUAUAUACAGACUACCCCCAAAAUUGUGAUCUAACCACAAAAAAAGUCUUCAAAGGAAAGAAGCAAAAUAAAAAUGACAGGGCAGAAAAAAAAAUGCAAUUCUGCCGUACCAAACUUGAAUGAAUUGAUGCAGAAUAAGAACACAUGCAUACCUUUGUUUUUAAUUUUAGGUGUUCCUUGCUGAACACAAGGACACUGAGAAAAUCUAUGCCCUAAAAGCCCUGAAAAAAGGAGACAUUGUUUCAACAAAAAAGGUCCACCGGUCAGUAAACAGAGCUAUUCAUACCUUAUCCUGUUUUAUUUUAUUUGUUAUGAUUUUUUGGAGAUCAGGGAAAUAAUUGACUUAUUGUUCCUUAUCCAGUCUUAUGAGUGAGAAGCACAUUUUCCAAUCUGUAAGCAGCAUGCGCCAUCCAUUUCUGGUAAACCUGUUUGGUUGUUUCCAGACCACACAUCAUGCCUGCUUUGUCAUGGAAUACACUCCUGGCGGGGACCUUGUUACAAACGUUUACAACAGCAACGGUGCAUUAACAGAGCCCAGAGCGACGUAAGUAUAAGCAGCAUUGUGCCCAUAUUUCUAAACCUGUAAUGCAGUGUUUAGCAGCUGCUGGCAUUGAGGUAGGCAAUACAUUCCAUAGAGUCUAGUUAGAUUAUUGGGAAAGAUAAUCGUUAUUUUACACUUACCUGACUGUCCAGGUCCCACGGUCUUUCCAUUCUAUACAACAGAAGAAUUUUAUACUUCUGCAAUAGCAUAACCAACUUUAGUCAAUAUGGAUUGGCUGAGAGUGUUACAUUAAAAGUCACCAUGUCAGACCAUAGAGUGACACAGGAUUUGUGGAAAAUAACUUUUCAAUAGUACAAAGAUUGCAUUUUUUUAUCAUCUUAAAAGUAACCAACGCGUUUCUUUUUUUUUCAUAGAUUUUAUGCUGCUUGUGUUGUGCUUGGCUUGGAAUAUUUGCAUUCCCAAAAGAUUAUCCACAGGUAAGUGUAAAGCGCAAAAACAAAGUGGAUUGCGCAGUUAUAUUUGUUAUAUUUACAGCACUGCCUGUGCUUAAACCUAUUUGUUUUUCUAUGUUAUGGUUUUAAAUGUAACCUUUUUAAAAGCCUAAACUAGGAAACUCAUUAAUACCUGCAUCCAAGUGUCCUCUAGAAUUAUGUAAACAUUAUUAAAAACAUUUUUUCUGCUUUUUAAUCUAGGGAUCUUAAAUUAGAGAAUAUACUUGUGGAUAAGGAAGGAUUUGCAAAAAUAACUGACUUCGGUAUUAGUAAGGAAGGUAGAUAUAAUUUUACAUUUAUACAUAGAUAUUUGAUAAAUUAACGAAUGCCUCUGUAACAUCAGUGCGGGCUUUACACAUAUAAAAUUAAAUCCUUAAAAUUCAGCUUAAAAACUAAUGUGUGCUUGUUUCCUAAACAACCAUUAAGACUUUGAAAAUGUAAAAAUUGCUUUUUUUGGUCCUUUUUUCUAGUCUGAUUUUAAUAAGUACAAAAUCAAACAUGCAAUAUUAAAGUAGAUAAAAUAGCUACAAGGCUCUAGGGGAAAUAGAUCUAGACAAUGAUUAUAUGGAACUGUUAACCCGACAUAACCAAUGUGGCAGAUGAGGAUAUAGAGAACAAAAAUUGGUUUCAAACCAAUUCUAAAAGGUUUGACAUAAAACUGGGAUAUGGCGCCAACAGACUUUAGACCACAUGAAAGGACCUGCACUUUAGUGUUCAUAUUGCAAGUUAAUUUACAUAGUGUGCCCUAGCUGUGCCAGGAUAGCCAGGCAUACAAAGGAAAUAAAAAAAUUAAAUUACAAUUGUGAAUAAAUCCCACAUUUAAAUUUAGCCUCAUUCAAACAUAAUCUAAUUCUGUACAUAAUUAAAAUUAAAAAUUACAUAAACAAAAAGAUAUCAAAAGCACAAAUCAAUAUAUACUUUGUAACAAGGGAUCAUUGAACAAACCAAUAUGUGGAUUCGAUCUCAGGAAAUUACUUUAAAAAACUGUAAUAAGAAAAAACUAUACAAAAAUAUUCAGUGUCUCUAAUGAACAAAUGCCUAACUGACAGAUGUACGGGAAUGUAACUUAAAGGGACACUAUAAUAAUAAUCACCAAAACAACUACAGCUCAUUGUAGUUGUUCAGUCCCUAUAGUAUGGCCCUGCAGGUAUUUUCAUGCAAACACUAGUUUACAUUUAAGCCCAGUGACACAUCCAGUGGCCACUCCUCAGUGUGCAGCACUGCCGUUCAGCAUCUCCAUGUUCUUAAUAGAGAUACACUGAUUCACUGGAUCUCUAUGAGGAGAUGGGGAUUGGCCAGGUCGACUUUUGACACCCCCCCUAGCCCCUAGCUCAAUUCUGAUGUCAGCCAGAGGCAGAUUGGGUGGGGUCAGUUCCGGCAGACCCUUGCGGCGCUGGGUAGAGGUUUUAACCCUUUCUAAAGGCUAUUAGAGGGGGGGAGGGGAGGGUUAAACCACCUAAAUAAUGGUUUUAACACUAUUGGACCAGGAAUACCCUAUAGUGUUACUUUAAAGGCAGGGAAUGUACAUCUUCAAUUUAAAUAUAAUUAACUUUUGUCUCUCUCUGAGGAAUUGGAUAUGGAGACCGAACCACAAGUCAUUGUGGAACACUAGAUUACAUGGCUCCCGAAAUCCUCAAGCACGAAAGUUACACCAAAGCUGUGGAUUGGUGGAGUCUGGGAGUGGUCAUAUAUACAAUGCUGGCAGGAGUGGUAAGAAUAGUUUAUUAAGAAUUAAUGGACGGAAUCCUGACUCGACAAGCAAAACACUAUAUACCAAUGUGUGCUUAUCAACAAGAUAAUUCAUCAGAUUUACAGAACUCAGCUUUUUAUUUUUUUUACUUUAGACUCCUUUUGACGGCGAAGAUGAAUUUGAAAAGAUAAAUAACAUCAUCAAUCGCAGAUUCAGCUGUCCGGAGUUCAUGUCUGUCCUGUCUGUAGAAACCAUCGAUGUAAUCGAAGAUGUAUGUUGCCAAUGCAUGUUUAGUGUUUUUAACUUGAAUUUUAGAGAGCACAGUGUGGUUGACUAUAACAGAAUGGGACAGGCAGUUACAGGCACAUAUGGAUCUAGCUACAAAAAGAUACAGAAUAAUGUUAUGUUUGGAGACUCAUUUUAAUUAAAAUAAAAAAACAAGAAGAAUCAUAGUAAUCAGGACAGUACAUUAUCUGGAUAACCUGCUUGAAAUUUGUUUUAAUUAAUUAAUGAGUUUAUUUAUUUUAAUCAAAAUACCAAAUGCCAUUUUAAGAAAAAAAAAAUUAUUUUACAGUUUCUCAACAUAAAUCCAGAGGACCGUCUAGGGGCAAGUGAAUAUGACGCAGAAGAUGUAAAGUGGAAUCCAUUCUUUCAAGUAAGUCCAUUUUGUUCAUCUACAAGCCAUAGGUAUAUAGAGGGGAAUGGUAUAUUCUACCUCAAUCUUGUUUUUAGUUCCAAGUGAAAUUGUCACAUGUCACAUCUGUGGAAACCUACAUUCUAACACCUAAAUAAACAUAAGUUCAUUUGGAUGCUUAUUUAAAUGUAUGUACUUAUGUAUAUUUGCAUUAAAUUCAUGCCCGUGAAGGCAUUAAACGGCCAAUGUAAAAUGUCCCCUGUAUUUGCAUGUGUGUGAGCACAGUGAAACAAAGGACAUUUAUCUUUGUCGAAACGACUUUCUUCCACUAAUGAAUGCACGUGUCAUCCUAUCCGGUGACUUUAAUAAUUUAUUUGUGAAUUACAUUGUAACUUGUGUAGAAUUUAGUUUUUCAGAUUUUUGCAAGUCUAUAUUUUUCAUCUUAAUAUUAUGACUUAAUGAUGCAUAUUCGUUAUCUUUGUCGAAACCACUGUCUUCCACUAAAACGUUUAAUUUGUUAACAGGAGAUAGACUGGGAUGAAUUAUUAGCUAAGAAUGUGAAGCCCCCCUUUAUACCAACCAUCGAUGGAAUUGAAGAUGUUAGGAAUUUCGAUGAGUAUACCUCAGAAGAUCCCAUCUUAACACCUCCAAACGGGACAAAGGAACUUACAGAAAAAGAGCAGGAAGAUUUCAGGGACUUUGACUGGAUUGCAAAUUGGUCCUAA